GAAAUGAUACCAACCAUCACUCAAUUCGUCAUCUCAGCUAUCGAGGCUCCCUGUAUAGAAAUUUUAAUAUUUCAUUUUCCAAAUCGGAGACACCAUACUGCUUCAAGAUUUUGGUGUUGCGCAAUCGCCGAAGUACCUGGGUUGAAUUAAUUUUAUUCGAAGACGAAAAUGAUGGCCACAUGUUCAUUUAUUUCAAGUGAUCAGGAGAAACCAACUCUAGCCAAAUUCUCCCAUGGAAGGCUGCAGAGAAAUUCAGAUGGUACAUGGAAGAAGAGUCCGUCUUUCACCCUUCUAAGGAGCUCAGACAAGGAUGACAAGAGGAAAAAUCUCAGGAGGAUAUUGGUAGCAGAAGCUGACUCCAUGCAGUAUGUUGGCCAAAAUUAUGGUGACCAAGCAUCCAAAGCCAACUCAAUGUGCAAAUACUUGGUCGGAGUAUUGGACAAGAAGACUGGAAAGAUGAAAAUCUUCAACUCUCAACUACUAGAGCUGCAUCCAUGGCUUGGAAAGAAAGAGAUCAAAGAAGAACAAAAUAAGAAAAUCAAUGACUUUUCAUUGGCUGAAAAGAAAGACAGACUGACUGAAGCCUUUGGAAGUUCCAAGAAACAGAGGGCUAUGGAAUCACGUCUGAAGAACAAGGUUGGAACAGAAGCCUUAGAGACCUCUGCAGCCAAGGCAGUCACCCAUGCUGUUGAUACACCUGCUCUUCCACAAGACUCUGACAUCGACACAAGUCUGCUGCCACCGUGUGACAGAUCUGCGAAGAGGCCACAAGAUGUGUACAAGCUCGAAGACAUCAUAUCGGCAAGACACAGGAAAUCACUCCAAUCACAAGCAGAGGAGCUGUUAACUGGUGCUAAAUCGCAGCUAGAUGAAUGGAAAAAUACUAAGAAGUAUCCCCAGUAUGUAUUGGAUCAUGUACCUGCUCUAUUGCAUGAAGCUGAUCACGAAAGAAGCAUUACUCGGGCAACCAAACUACUCUUCCUAACCUUCCUCAUGAAGCUGCAUGCUACCAAACCAAAAGAAUUGAAGACAUGUCUAAAGACUGCCCCCCCUGGCAUCAGAACCCAUCUAUAUGAUACCUUCACACAAGUGACCCCAACCCCAGAUGGCCAAAGUGAAAAACAGCUUCUCUCUAAAAGCUGCAAGGACAAGCUCUUAUCUUAUAUCCUGGUGUUGGCCCAGCUUAUUGAUACCUUCCACACAGACAUUACAUCACUCACCAAAGACCUCAACGUCCCUGUCAAAAGGCUGCUGGCACAUGCCCGAUUCAUUGGCUGUAAGACAUCUUCUCAAACAAUAACACCCUCUAAACCCAAGAAGAGGAGGAAGAAGAGGAAAGACCCCGAUGACAGUGAUGAUGAUGAUGAUGACAAGGAUUUUCUACAAGAGAAUUCUGCCGACAAGGAAUCCUUCAAGGUUGUAUACAUUGAACUGAGCACGCCCAUCAAGUCUACAUCAAGCUUUGUAGAGAAACCAGGUUUUGGAAAGAAAAGAUGAUCGUUGUCUUUAGUCUCUCAGAAUCUUGACCAAGUUAUGUUUUUUCCACAUUUUUUUAUUCUUAUGAACCCUUUGUCGGGGUAUUAAAGUGCCCUACCCUUUUAAUAACCAAUUCAAUGAAAAGUUCAUUCUUUGUCAGAAUUUGAUUAUCUUGGGAAAUGUAUCAUACUCAUUGAAAACUCAUUCAGCACAAGAAUAGGCACCCAUUGUUUGUUAAGUCAUGAGUCACUUUACAACCAGAAUUGGUAACGGAAACUACAAAGAUGACAAUAAAAAUACAAGGUAUAUUAGUAAAGUUUGUUUACAACUCCCACGCAAGUUUUAUACAGAUGCUACUGUGUACACGGUCAUGGGAUUCAGUACACAUGCACUGACUUGACCGGGCAUGUACACUUACACACGUUAGUUUGUGUAUAUCUGUAUUUCACAUUGCAUGAUUGUACAAAGUUCCCAACGUGCCUGUGACAAUUGAAUCCCCAGUAAGAAAGGUAUAGACAUCAACAUGUUUGAUUUUUUUGUCCAUUUGUUUUAAAUUAAAAUUUAUUGAAAUUAAAUUUUUAGUCAACAGGGCGCAAUAAUAGAGAGCAAAACUUCAGUUGCUCCCUCGUUGAAUUUUUAUUGUGAGGUAAUUUAAGGAACCCAUUUAAAUCAGUAAAUCAUUUUUUUUUUCAGGAAAUGUCAAUAAAAAAUAUGAAACAUUACUCCAACUUGGGGUAGAUUUGAGGUGGCAGUCUUUUAUCAUAAUUACAUAGUGUAUUAUUACCUUUGCAAUUAUAAUAUAAUUUUGUCCAAGCCCUCAGCUGUCAGUCCUUAGGUCCCGCUGAAACUAGUAAUGUGCUUUUAGUGAUGCAUGAACAGAAGAAGUCCACUUCACCAUGUGUUACUUUAUACAGAUGUAAGGGCAUAGGUAUACAUGUAUUAGAGUUUUUUUCAAAAUGAAGGAAGUUCUUCAUACAUGUUUGUCACGAUUUUGUGGAACUCAGUUUCUUUUUUAAGAACUGAGAAGAGAGUCAAAAUAAAAGAUUUUACAUUUGAUAUGAAAGUUGAUCAUUCAUUGUUUCUUAAUUGCAAACCUUAAAAAAAUUGCUUCUCAUUCAUAAAGACAAUAAAACUGUUUUGAUAUCCAAGAAUGGAUUAGUCCAACAGUGGCAUUUUAUGUGCAAAGAGUGUGCCAGAGUGCUCAUACAAAGAAUCAAAAGCUUAUACAUGUACACAAAGUCCUACACCAUCUGCUGGCAAAUGACACUAUUACUGUCACUUUCGUUGACCUUCCCUCUUAUUUUUCCAGCCAAUUCAUCCGUCUCGAACGUAAAAUCUUCCCUUCCGAAUCUUGAAUGAAAUUUUUGUUUUGAAUUUACAUAGUGAAAUGUUUCCCAAGAAGUUAUGUGGUCAUUAUUUUGGAAUGUUAUUUAAUCUUUUCUUCAUACAAACUUUUACACUUGAUGCUUUUUCAAAAUUAGUUUUGGACAUUCUUUAACUUAACACAAUUACCAGAGCAUAGUGUGACAUUCUUAAAGUUCAUUAAAAUCCAACAUUUGUUUGGAUAAUUCUUCUCUUAAGUGCAUAUAAAUUUAUUAACUGUAUUCAAAGCAUACUACAUUCAACUUUCAAAUCACAUUUUAAAACUUCUUUCCAAUUAUUUAUUUUUUCCAAACUCAUUUCAUAUAUAAUUAACGUUUAUCUAUUACUUUAAUUUGAUUAUAUAUACAAAAUUAUAAAAAAAAGAUGGAAUAAUACAAAAUGUUUUUUCUAUUAAAAAUUCAUAAAUGAGUGAUUACAUUUUUUUAUUGGCAACAGUUAUUUGAUAUGAUGCCAUUUAUGCCUGAAAUAAUGUCAGCAAUGAAUUUUGUUGAAAAAGAGGAAUGAAAAGAUAACAAAAGAAAGAAACAUGUAGGAACUUAAAAAAAACAAUGAAAUACAUGUACAUUAGAAAUCAAUUUUGUUACUGGAUUAUUUUUUUUCAUUUACAAUUUUUAGGAUUGCCAUCAAGAAUAUUAUAACCAAAAAAAGCAUUCUAGGAGCUUUAUUUAUUUACUGAAUUAGAACAAAUAGUAUGAUUUUAUAAAUAAGUCAACAUAAUUAAUUGAUAAAAAAUAAGAAAGAUGAAUGAAGUGAAAUCUGUGGCUGAGAUCUAAAGGGAGGGGGGCAUAAAUAAGGGCCAGAGUGACAAUAAUCAAAAUCCCUUUGGACUAUUAUGGUUGAGCCAAUCAUAUGCAAGGGUUUGGCUAUCAUCGGAAUUUGGUACCAUCAAUGGCCCAAUACCUAGGAGCAAGUGUUGUCCAUUACCCAGUGUCACUAGCGCACUUGAGUUAUGGGGCAGGGGCAGAGUCUACCCCCCCCCCCAGACCUACAAAUCCAAAGAGGAAACUUGUAAAGAAUGAGCAAAAAUAAAGUGUGUCUAUACGUUGACAGUGAAUUUAAUAUCUUCUCAUAAUAAGUGCAUAUAUAUUUACUUCCUGUACAUAUACUAUAUAUAAAUAUUAAAAUACAACAAUGCGUACAACAUU